AACAAGUUAACAGACAAAGAUCAUGGGCGGCCUCGCCAUUACAGCCGAACGCUAACUGUUUACAUUCCUUGCUCAUUUAAACAAUACUUAGUCAACAAUGUGGUCAACCAAUACACCGUUUGAAAGAUAAAAGUACACCGAUUCAUAUGCGUUUAUGCAUUCAACAAUAUAAAUAACUUAGAAGGAGUUUUUGGUUAUUCUGUAUGAAUAGUCAAACAAUGCAAAGCUAUAACAAAGCGGACGAAUCCUUACCUUUUGUGUUAUAGCAUCGAGAUGUCUGGUCAAAUAAUGGUAACAUGUAUUGCUCUUCUAAGAAAAGUAGUCCAGUAUCCAAUAUCCAUAGUAAAUAUUUGCACAAAACACACUGACCGGUAAAAAAAAGGGUUUAUAUGUCCAUUGUUUACAUCCCUGAUAUCCAGUAAACAUGACGUCAUACUCCCGUUCACUCGACGAUUAUGUCUUUCUAACACAUUUUCCGAUAAAUCCAAACUCGUCAGCGCAUCUAGUAGAGUGUUCUAAACAAAAUUAGAGUAGUUCAAGUCAUUUCUGAUAAAAACUACCCUCGCAAACUUGUAAAAUAGUGAAAGGGGGCGUGUGCUCCAGGUAGCGUUUGCUUGUGCGUAUGCAACAGUUUUUUAUAAAAAAAAUGGACAAAUGACCAAUUGAAAUCAUGUAGUGUCUUGUGACGUGUAGCUAAUGAUAUGACGGAUACGCCCAUGUGCAGAUUUGCAUAAUGGCUUUCAUAUUACAGUGUUGUUAUAUGUGCGUAAACAUUAGCUCUCCAGAGAGUUGCGCACUCGUGCUUGUGACACAUACGGCUUUGAGAUUCACCUGCUUGUUAGCACUAUACUGACAAUGGACCAGCGACGUGGACAGAAGUUUUUUUCUCCUACUGCUGCGUUGGAAGAACUUAUGCGAAGCAGUGAUGAAGAAAAUGUUGAGGAUUCCGAAGAAGAAAGUGUUUCCAGUAUCGACUCGGAACAAGAGGAAAUGUUUUUAGACGGUCUUGAUCCUUUUUUAGAUCGGGAUGCUGACACUUCUGAUGAAGAGUGGUUACCAGAGGCCUCUGGACCACAGACAAAGCAUUCCUGCCCGUCUAAAACAUCUUCACCUGCCUUCACCGGUGCCAAGGGAAGAGGAAAGAAAAGGACACGGAUAGAAUCUACUCCAUCUGACUCACCCAGUACUUUAUGUGAGGGUACCUCUGUUGAUCAUCAUGAAACUGGACAUCAGUCUAAUGGCAAGGGAAGAAAAAAAGGGAGACGGACACCUGCUGACUCACCAACCACAUCCACGAAUACAUGGUGCAGUGAUGUUGUAGACUGCAGUGACCUUCCUGAAAUCAUCUUCAGGCCUCUACGCAGUACUGGAGCACAGCUCAUCACAACAGCUUCCUACAGUCCCCUGCAGCUGUUUCAGUUGUUUUUUUCAUCAACUGUACUGCAGACACUAGUGGCAAACUCCAACUCAUAUGGAUCCAUGCAACAUGUAGCAAAGGGCAAGCCAUGGAAAGACAUUACUGUGCCUGACAUGAUGUCUUACCUGGGGAUGGUGAUUUACAUGGGAAUUGUGAAACUGUGUUCACUUUCAGACUACUGGAGGAAGUCCACUCUCUACAGUCUGCCUCUGCCUACGAGAAUUAUGUCGUCUAGGAAGUUCCUUCGAAUUACCAGCUCUCUACAUUUGAGUGACCCUAGGGCUGAUGAAGAGAAUGAGAAGAAAAAAGGAACACCAGCCUUUGACCGUCUCCAAAAGAUACAACCUCUCUAUGACAUGAUCAGAGAAAACAGUAAGGCAUUUUUCCAUCCCUUUCAGAAUAUAUCUGUGGAUGAAAGAAUGGUCUCAUCAAAAGCCAGAAGUGGACUCAAACAGUAUAUGAAAAAUAAACCAACCAAGUGGGGUUUCAAACUGUUUGUUCUGGCUGAUUCCAUUACUGGAUACACCUGGGACUUCUUUGUUUACGAGGGCAAGUCUGCUACUGACCAGUGCACAGAAAACGGACUGAGCUACAAUGCAGUUAUGCAGCUUGUAAAUGAGAAGGUAUUGGGAAGUGGUUAUAAGCUUUAUGUUGAUAACUUUUAUACCAGCCCAACCCUCUUCAGAGACCUCCUUUCCAAAAAGAUAUAUGCAUGUGGCACCAUUCGACCAAACAGAAAAGGCUUUCCAAAAACAUCUCUGAACAAGAUGCCCAAGAAAGCUUCCCGUGGCACUAUCCAUUGGAUAAGAGACAACAAGCUCUUGUUUGUGGAGUGGAAAGACACUAGGGAGGUUCUGGUCGCCUCCACUUUUCAUAAAGCCUUUGAUGGUGACACUGUGCAAAGAAGGGUGAAAGGAAAGGAUGGAUCUUGGUCACUUAUGGAUGUCCCUGUUCCAGCUGCUGUGAAAGACUACAAUAGGAACAUGGGAGGAGUGGAUCUUUCGGAUGCACUAAUUGGGUACUACAAUGUCCUGCACAAGACGAGAAAGUGGUACCGGACCUUUUUUUACCACUUUGUUGACAUCGCUGUGGUAAAUGCUUUCAUUUUACACAAGGAAUUGGCCAAGACUACAAAUCAGAAGCCAUUAUCCCAGAAAGCGUUCCGAGAGACACUCAUUUUGGAACUUGCAGGACUGCCCACCAAAAGCUUGGCUGUUGAAACUCCACCACGUCCUUCUUGUGGUGUGUGCCAUUUGCCGGUGUACAUCACCACAGACAGCACUGUAGGGAGGCGGAAGUGCAAGGUGUGCCAGCGGAACACUCCCGUACAGUGCCAUGUUUGUGAUGUAGGUUUUUGCUUCCAGCCUAACAGAAACUGCUUUUAUGAGUUUCAUAAUCAGCUUUUCCCGUUGGACCUAAGUAUCAACACUGCCUAGCCAUGUGCAACAUGUUGUAAAUAGUUUGUUUUGUAAAUAGUUCUAUUUUUUGACUCAUGUCACAGCACUGCCAAGCUACGUGCACUACUUUGUAAAUAUAUUGUAUUUUUGACUCAUGUCACAGCACUGCCAAGCUAUGUGCAAUAAUUGGUAAAUAGUUAGUAUUUUUGACUCAUGUCACUGCACUGCCAAGCUACGUGCAAUACUUUGUAAAUAGUUAGUAUUUUUGACUCAUGUCACAGCACUGCCAAGCUACGUGCACUACUUUGUAAAUAUAUUGUAUUUUUGACUCAUGUCACAGCACUGCCAAGCUACGUGCAAUACUUUGUGAAAUUUGUAUUUUUGACUCAUGUCACAGCACUGCCAAGCUACGUGCAAUACAUUGUAAAUAGUUUGUAUUUUUGAGUCAUCUCAAAGCACUGCCAAGCUACGUGCAAUAAUUUUUUAUCACAGGUUGUUGAUGACUACUAUAUUGUAAACAUAUAAAAACCUAUAAAUACAAUUUAAUUUGUGCUAUAAUGUUGUACAUUUUCCUAAACCAUGCAAAAUCAUGUAAGUGAAUAAAGACAUUGUUUCAUUUUAUAUGAGUAAGUAA